AUGAGCUCAUCUACCACGCCAGGCUUAACGCAGCCACCGACAGCCGAGCUGCCUCCUGUAAGCGGAGGAAGCAAGAGAACCAUGACACAGAAGCAACCACGGAAGAAAAAGACAAAAGUAGACAGCGCGAAUGCCUGCACAAAAGAAGAUGCGCCUUCCCCCAGCCAUCUUCUUCUUUCUUACAUGCGGCAGCAGAACAGGCCUUACAACGUGCAACUCAUAUUUGACAAUCUGAAACGUGCUAUUAAAAAACCCGAGUUAGAGCGGUUACUGGACAAGCUAGUAGCCGAAGAUUAUCUGAUCUCCAAGGAUCUUGGAAAGACAAGAGUCUUUAUGUAUUCUCAAAGACAAUUCGUGUUGUCGGAAGCGAAUCGGGAGGCUAUAAGCACUGGGAUUCAAGAGUUCAUAAAACAAAAGACAGCAGAGCGACAGCGCCGAGAAGAAGCGCGUGUUCGUAGCGGCAUGUUAGAGGGCCUCCAAGCCAAAGUCGUCUCAGCGGAGAUGCAGCGCAAGGUGCGGCUGCAGCAGCAGCGCAGCGGCGAGCCGGUGAGCGCAGCUGCAGCGGCGGCAGCGGAAACUCUCCAUGCGAAGCUCCACGCCGCCUGGGCCCUGCAGAAGCGCCGGUGUCUGCAGCUGAUUCAGCUUCUGGCUGAACGAACGCAGACAGACGAGAAGCAGCUGCAAAGCGAACUCGGUUUGGAAAGAGAUGAAGACUACAUCCCUGCGGACGCGUAUAAGUACUACAAGUAG